CAAAUACACGAUCAAAUCAACCAAGAAAAAGUGUAGAAAUAAAGUAAACAUGGCCUCCUUUGAAAGUCGAAAAGCACGAGAAAAUAGGUAGGUGGACAAAUGGAUUUCCAAUAUAGUCUGUCAGAGCUUUCAAGACUGAAAAUGUUGUGUUUGAUCCACAGUUCUUGCUGACAUUAUUGUAGGACCCUUCAUGGGCAUGCUUUUCCAGUACGGACCAGUCUGAAAGGGAUAAAUGAUUGGCUUUUUAUAAGAACCCAUUUAAUCUUCUUCAUCAGAGUUGUACUGAGUAUAAUGACUGCCAGAAGAGACGUUAUACAUGGUCUAGGAAACAAUGCCUUCAAUAGAGCUCUUUUGUAUUAGCAGCAACAGCACUAUGGAAAUCUGGACUGUUAGGAUUUCUCAGAUAUUGAGAAUAUAUUUCACUGUAGUGCUACUGUUCCUGUGUGCCUGGAAUGUAAUUCCAGAGACACCAUUGGAGCAGCCUGGCAAUGCUCCCAAAGAUGCUAAAAUUAGCAGGGAGAUGAUUGAGAUUGGUAUUGGGGUAGGUGGCAGUGGUGGGGGAAUAGGUAUUGGAAUUGGAAUUGGGGGUGGGGGUAGUGGAGGAGGAGGAGGAUCAGGAGGUGGAGGUGGUGGCGGUGGUGGUGGUGGAGGAGGAGGAACUAAUGUUAAUCCAAAUUGUUUCAGUAAUGCUAGGCUUUAUCAAGCUUUUCUAGGCCUUCAAGCCUGGAAAAAAGCAAUCACAGCUGACCCUCAGGGUGUCCUCAACAAUUGGGUAGGUCCUGAUGUUUGUAAUUACACAGGAGUCUACUGUGCACCUCCCCUAGACAAAUCUGUGGACAAAGUUGUUGCAGGAAUAGAUCUGAACCAUGCUACGCUCACAGGUACUCUGGUGGACGAAAUCAAACUGCUGAGCGACAUUGCAAUCUUCCACAUAAACACAAACUUUUUCAAGGGCACCAUUCCUCCAAGCACAUUAAAUCUCAAAAUCCUAAGUGAGCUGGAUGUGAGCAAUAAUCAGCUCUCAGGAAAUUUCCCCACAGUGGUUCUCACUCUCCCAAAGCUCAUAUACCUAGACAUCAGAUACAAUAAAUUCUAUGGAACUCUUCCUGCAGAGCUCUUUAACAGAAAUCUGGAUGCCAUUUUUGUUAACAACAACUACUUUGAGCAACAAAUCCCAGCAAAUCUUGGGAACUCUAGGGCUUCUGUUGUGAAUUUCGCCAACAACAAAUUCAAAGGAAACAUUCCUUCAAGUCUCUGCAACAUGGCCGAAAAUUUGAAUGAGAUUUUAUUUCUCAACAAUAUGAUUUCUGGGUGCCUUCCUGCCCAAAUUGGGCUUCUAAAUGCAGUCACAGUAUUGGACUUAAGCUUCAACAGUAUAGGUGGGAAAAUUCCUCCAUCACUUGGGUGCUUGAAUAGCAUAGAACAGCUCAAUUUGGCCUAUAAUCAGUUGUAUGGUACAAUUCCUGAUGGCAUCUGCAGCCUCAAAAGCCUGCAAAAUCUUACUCUGUCUAAUAACUACUUUUCAGGAGAGGGCAAAAGCUGCACUGUUUCAAACUGUGGAUUUCUGUUUGAUGACAGAGGAAACUGCAUUCCUAACCGUCCAUUUCAGAGAUCACAACAGGAAUGUGCUGCAUUUGCUGCCAAGCCUAAAACUUGCACAGCUACUCUUCCUCCAAAUUGAUUUGGAAUAUCACCAUCUUUAUUACAUCAUAACUCAACAAUGGCAUCGUGGUUAUCUUCUUGUUUUCUUCUUUAUCCAAUAAAAAUGACAAUGACAAUUUUUCUUUGCUCUAA